UUACUCAUCCCAUAAAAUAAGAAAGACUCUCUCACUCACUCACCACUUCACAGUUUUUUCUUUAAUCUCUCCCCAAAUCCCAUUCAGAACUCAAAUCAUUCUCUCUGUUUCUAUGGAUACCAAAAUCGGAUCCAUCGAUGAGUGUAAACCGACGACUGGCGACGUCGGUAGUCCACCGAACGGCGCCGUCGCUACAAUCCACGACUCUGUUCCUCCCUCCGCCAUCUCCGUCAGCUCAUGCGACGCCACUCUCGGUCGUCACUUGGCUCGCCGUCUUGUCCAAGCCGGCGUGACCGAUGUCUUCUCUGUUCCCGGCGAUUUCAACCUCACUUUGCUCGAUCACCUCAUGGCUGAGCCGGAGCUGAACCUGAUCGGUUGCUGUAACGAGCUAAACGCCGGUUACGCUGCCGACGGCUACGCUAGAUCUCGUGGAGUCGGCGCUUGCGUUGUGACCUUUACCGUUGGUGGACUCAGCGUUUUGAACGCGAUCGCUGGUGCGUACAGCGAGAAUCUUCCGCUUAUCUGUAUCGUCGGAGGUCCUAACUCCAACGAUUAUGGUACUAACCGGAUUCUUCAUCACACCAUCGGAUUACCUGAUUUUAGCCAAGAGCUUAGGUGCUUUCAAACCGUCACUUGUUAUCAGGCGGUGGUGAAUAAUUUGGAGGAUGCUCAUGAACAGAUUGAUAAAGCGAUAUCAACAGCUUUGAAAGAGAGCAAGCCUGUGUAUAUUAGCGUGAGCUGUAACUUAGCUGCGAUUCCUCAUCAUACAUUUGCCCGUGAUCCAAUCCCUUUUUCGCUAGCUCCUAGAUUGAGUAACAGCAUGGGUCUAGAGGCUGCGGUAGAAGCAACAUUGGAGUUUUUGAGCAAGGCUGUGAAGCCAGUUAUGGUUGGUGGUCCUAAGUUGCGUGUGGCUAAAGCUUGUGAUGCCUUUGUGGAGCUAGCUGAUGCUUCAGGCUAUGCUAUGGCGGUGAUGCCUUCUGCUAAAGGCUUUGUACCUGAGCACCAUCCGCAUUUCAUUGGCACUUAUUGGGGAGCUGUGAGCACUCCUUUCUGCUCUGAGAUUGUGGAAUCUGCGGAUGCUUACAUUUUUGCAGGUCCAAUCUUCAAUGACUACAGCUCCGUGGGUUACUCGCUUCUCCUCAAGAAAGAAAAAGCCAUCGUUGUGCAUCCUGAUCGAGUCACUGUGGCUAAUGGUCCUACCUUUGGCUGCGUUCUGAUGAGCGAUUUCUUCAGGGAAUUGGCUAAGAGGGUGAAGCGUAACGAGACGGCUUAUGAGAAUUACCAUAGGAUCUUUGUCCCUGAAGGUAAGCCAUUGAAAUGCAAACCAAGAGAGCCAUUGAGAGUCAAUACAAUGUUCCAACACAUUCAGAAGAUGCUCUCUAGUGAAACUGCUGUGAUUGCUGAAACCGGUGAUUCUUGGUUUAAUUGCCAGAAACUAAAGCUGCCAAAAGGAUGUGGGUACGAGUUUCAGAUGCAGUAUGGAUCGAUCGGGUGGUCUGUUGGUGCGACCCUGGGAUACGCACAGGCAGUCCCAGAGAAGCGAGUGUUGGCAUUCAUCGGAGACGGGAGUUUCCAAGUGACGGCUCAGGACAUAUCAACAAUGCUGCGAAAUGGUCAGAAGACGAUCAUCUUCUUGAUUAACAACGGUGGCUACACCAUCGAAGUGGAGAUUCAUGACGGUCCUUAUAAUGUGAUUAAGAACUGGAACUACACUGGUCUCGUUGACGCCAUUCAUAACGGUGAAGGCAACUGCUGGACUUCAAAGGUAAGACACGAAGAGGAAUUAGUUGAGGCGAUAAAGACAGCGACCACGGAGAAGAAAGAUUGUCUCUGCUUCAUUGAAGUGAUUCUUCAUAAGGAUGAUACGAGCAAAGAGCUCCUUGAAUGGGGCUCACGCGUCUCUGCUGCCAAUAGCCGUCCUCCCAAUCCUCAGUAGGAAGGAAGGAAGCAACAGUACCAAUCUCAUGACAUUGUUUUCCUACUGCCUUUGUCUUUUUACCGUCGGUUUUAAUUGGAGCUUUUUUUUUAUUUGUAGCUUUUCAGUGGAAUAAAGUAAAGUUCCUUUUCAACUAUUGUGCUCUUUUGUCUUUAAAGUUCGAAUAAACCCAAAUGGUUCAAUCUA